AUGUUUGGAUAUAAGAUCGUCCUCACUCUCUCACUUCUCACCAGUGCUUUGACACAGGUAAACCUCACGGAACCAAAACCUCCACGGCUCACGUAUCUUUAUACUGCGAACGCGACUUUGGGGCCAACGAUCCAGUACGGUGAUGGUCCCAAAGGGAAAAGAGUUGCUAUUCCCAUCAUUGGCGACACGUUCGAAGGUCCAAGGAUGAAAGGAACCAUCAUCGACCUAGGAGCAGACUGGGGUGUCACCGAUAACUUCGGCAUCUUCAACCCAGAUGCUCGUUACGGCUUCUAG